AUGGAAAUGCUGGCUGAGACAGAGAGAAACCUCAGGGCAUCCUUUCAACAGUUGUCUUCAAGCUUCAGGAAUGCUACGUCGGACCUCUCCCUGUCGUCGUCGUUCAGAGAAAAUAAUGAGGACGAGACGGAGUUGCAGUGGGCUGCAAUUCAGAGAUUGCCCACUUAUGAUCGUCUAAGGACCUCAUUGUUCGAUCCCAGCCCUUUAGAUGACGAUACCAGCAAGGAAGAAGAUGGUAUGAAAAACGACGGGAAGAGGAAGGCGAUCGAUGUUACGGAUCUUGGAGCAUUGGAACGCCGCGUUUUCAUCGAGAAACUCAUUACCGAAAUCGAGGACGACAAUCUCCGCCUCUUGAAGAAACUUAAAGAAAGGACCGACAGGGUGGGGUUGGAAUUGUCGACUAUUGAAGUGAGAUUCCAGAAUUUAACAGUAGAAGCAAAUUGUGAAGUAGUUCAAGGAAAGCCCAUUCCUACGCUUUGGAAUACCAUUAGCAGUGUAUUCUCUGCUUUAACAAAAGUUAGCAGCUGCAAAUCUCAAUCAUACAAAAUAAAAAUUCUCAAAGAUAUCAGUGGCAUCAUCAAACCCUCAAGAAUGACUCUUUUGCUUGGCCCUCCAGGCUGUGGAAAGACCACUUUGUUACAGGCACUUUCAGGGAAGCUCAACCCUUCUCUCAAGGUUACAGGGGAAAUUUCCUACAAUGGUUACAAGUUCACUGAGUUUGUGCCUCAGAAUACAUCAGCUUACAUAAGCCAAUAUGACCUGCACAUUUCUGAAAUGACUGUAAGAGAAACACUUGACUUCUCGGCUCGUUGCCAGGGCAUUGGAAGCAGAGCGGAUAUGCUAAAAGAAAUCAGUAGAAGGGAGAAACAAUAUGGAAUUAUUCCAGAACCACAUAUAGACACAUAUAUGAAGGCAAUUUCUAUUGAAGGAUUAAAAGGAAAUCUUCAGACAGACUAUAUAUUAAAGAUUCUUGGACUGGACAUCUGUGCCGAUACUAUAGUGGGAGAUCCAAUGAACAGAGGAAUCUCAGGUGGUCAAAAAAGAAGGCUGACAACAGGGGAAAUGAUAGUUGGUCCAAAUAAAGCUCUUUUUAUGGAUGAAAUAUCAACAGGUCUAGAUAGCUCCACUACCUUCCAAAUAGUUACAUGUCUACAGCAACUAACCCACAUAACAGAGGCAACAAUUCUAGUGUCACUUCUUCAACCUGCACCAGAGACUUUUGAUCUCUUUGAUGACAUUAUUCUAAUGGCAGAAGGAAAGAUUGUAUACCUUGGACCAUGCAGUUAUGUUCAAGAGUUCUUUGAAAAUUGCGGUUUUAGGUGCCCCGAACGCAAAGGCAUUGCUGAUUUCCUCCAAGAAGUGCUUUCCAAAAAGGACCAAGAACAGUACUGGUAUCGUAAAGACGAGCCUUAUAGCUUUGUUUCUGUGAAUAACUUCAUAGCUGUAUUCAAAAAGUUUCACGUAGCAGAGAAGCUAAAUGAAGAACUCCACACACCUUUCGAAAAAUGUGAGAGACAUAGAAAUGCCUUGUCAUUCAACAUCUAUUCAUUGGGAAAAUGGGAAUUACUCAAAGCAUGUAUGGCAAGAGAAUGGCUUCUCAUGAAGAGAAACUCAUUUGUUUAUGUUUUCAAAUCAUCACAGCUUAUAUUUAUUGCACUGAUAACGAUGACCAUCUUUAUUCGUACUCGGAUGAAGCUUGACCUUGUCCAUGCAAGCUAUUACCUGGGUUCCCUGUUUUAUGCUCUCAUAAGACUUAUGACGACCGGAAUUGCUGAGUUGGCAUUAACCGUUUCCAGAUUAUCCGUAUUCUAUAAGCAAAGAGAUUUCUACUUCUAUCCAGCAUGGGCAUAUUCCAUUCCAGCUGUUAUCCUAAAGAUUCCAUUUUCAUUUAUAGAUGCUUUUCUGUGGACAGCUCUUACGUACUACGUGAUUGGUUACAGUCCGGAACCAGAAAGGUUCUUCCGCCUGCUCUUCAUCCUUUUCCUUGUACAUCAAAUGGCAAUUUCAUUAUUUCGUUUAAUUGCUUCGGUCAUUAGAGAUCCGCCUUUUGCAGCAAAUUUUAGUCUUCUUACGUUACUGGUGAUAUUUCUAUUCAGUGGCUUCAUAAUUCCAAAACCUUUACUACCUGCUUGGGUCAAAUGGGGCUUUUGGCUUUCACCUCUUGCAUAUUCUGAAAUAGGUGUGGCCGUUAAUGAAUUUCUAGCACCGAGGUGGCAAAAGGCUUCAUCUUCAAAUGCCACCAUAGGACAGCAAGUUCUGGAAGAACGUGGGUUAAACUUCAAUGACUACUACUAUUGGAUAUCAGUAGGAGCAUUGAUUGGAUUCUGGCUGAUUUUUAACAUCGGUUUCACCUUGGCUUUGAGCCUUUUAAAACCUCCAGGGAGUUCUCGGGCUAUUAUUUCCCAUGAAAGAUUUUCUUAUCUAAAAGCAAAAGAGGAUUUGAGUGACGCAGCUGAGGAAGAAGGAUUGCCAAGUGUUGUUGACUCUCUAAAAGCUCUAGAACAAACAAAAGCCAAGGGGAUGGUUUUACCUUUUAAGCCCAUAACAAUAUCAUUCGAGGACGUGCAAUACUUUGUUGAUAUUCCAAAGAAACUGAGGGAGCAAGGGUUUCCACAUAAUAGACUGCAGCUACUUAAAGAUAUUACUGGUGCACUUAGGCCCGGAGUUCUCACAGCUUUAAUGGGUGUUAGUGGAGCUGGGAAAACAACACUAAUGGAUGUUCUUUCGGGAAGAAAAACCGGGGGCUACAUUGAAGGAGAGAUAAGAAUUGGAGGGUACCCCAAAGUUCAAGCAACAUAUGCUAGAAUAUCAGCGUACUGUGAACAAACUGACAUCCAUUCUCCAAUGAUUACAGUGGAGGAAUCAGUGAUGUACUCAGCUUGGUUACGUCUACCAACCGAGAUUGAUAAGAACAAAAGAUUGGAAUUUGUAGCAGAGGUUCUUCAUAUGAUCGAGUUGGAUGAAAUCAAAGAUGCUUUAGUUGGGAUCCCUCGUGUAAGUGGAAUAUCACCAGAACAGCGUAAACGGCUAACCAUUGCAGUAGAACUUGUUUCUAAUCCAUCCAUAAUAUUUAUGGAUGAGCCUACGUCGGGUUUAGAUGCCAGAGCAGCUGCAAUUGUCAUGCGAGUUGUGAAGAAUAUUGUUGACACAAAGCGGACAAUCGCAUGCACCAUCCACCAGCCAAGUAUAGACAUCUUUGAAGCAUUUGAUGAGCUUAUUUUGAUGAAGAAAGGAGGACAGGUUAUAUAUUGUGGAGAACUGGGUCAGCACUCGAGUAGGCUUAUCGAAUACUUUGAGGAUAUACCUGGAGUACCAAAAAUUAAAGAAAACUAUAACCCAGCAACAUGGAUGUUAGAAGUUACCAAUCCUUCUACGGAGGCUCGUCUCGGAAUAGACUUUGCCUGUAUCUACAGAGAAUCUUAUCUCUACAAGAGAAACAAAGAAAUAGUCAAAAGCCAAAGCCUUCCAGCACAGGGUUCAGAGGAACUACAAUUUUCGACACCCUUUCCGCAAAAUAUAUGGGAGCAACUUAAAGCAUGCCUUUGGAAACAACACUUGUCCUAUUGGAGAAGUCCAAAAUACAACUUAGUACGCUUGGCAUUCAUUAUUUUAUCUUCUUUGUUAUAUGGAGCCUUACUUUGGAAUAAAGGACAGAACCUACAUAACGAGCAGGACUAUUUCAACAUAAUGGGAUCAAUGUAUGUUUUCAUGAUAUUCACUGGAACAAGCGGUUGUUCAUCAGUUCUUCCAUUUGUAGCUAAUCAACGGAUAGUUGUCUAUCGUGAAAGAUUUUCCAGAAUGUACUCCUCAUGGGCAUAUUCAUUGGCACAGGUGAUUAUUGAGAUUCCCUAUAUCUUUUUAGAAGCAGUAUUAUUCUUGACAAUCACUUAUCCAGCCGUAAACUUCUACGGAUCGGCUUACAAAGUAUUUUGGUACUUCUACACCAUGUUUUGUACAUUGCUCUAUUACAAAUAUUUAGGCAUGAUGUUGGUUUCUUUGACUCCAACUUACCAAGUAGCUACAAUAUUUGCAAGCCUCUGUUACACAUUGUUCAGCUUAUUCUCAGGGUACCUCAUACCGGGACCGAAAAUUCCUAAAUGGUGGGUUUGGGGUUAUUGGAUCUGUCCAACUUCGUGGUCCCUGAAAGGUUUUCUCACUUCUCAAUAUGGAGAUAUAACGGAAGAAAUCGUAGCAUUCGGAGAGCAAAAAUCACUCAAUGCUUUCUUGAACAGUCAGUAUGGGUAUAAACAUCAAGAUUUGCCCAUAAUAGCCAUCGUACUACUUGCUUUUCCACUUGUAUUUGCAUCUGUUUUUACAUAUGGUAUAGCUAAACUAAACUAUCAGAGGAGAUAGCAUGCUUCUUUCUAGCCUCUUAGGCAAACUUCUGUAAAGUACAAAUAUGCUAG